AUGGCGACUUGUGCUGAUUCUAGGGCUGUGAAGUCACUCAACAACUUUGAGGGAAAGAAGAGAUUUGUGUUCAAGAACUUCGCCGAGAGAGUUGCUGACAUUGAAAUAAAAGUCCUCAAAGUCUUUAGGAGCCUCCAUAAGGUGAAGGAUGAGCCUUCACAAGGUUCCACAUAUCUCAAGGAUUGCCUCGUGGAAUUUAGGGAACUGAAUACUGCAGCGGGUUUUAUUUCAUUUUAUGAAGAAAUGUUGCCCUUUGUUCAAACUCUGCCUUUGGUUGUCUUGCAUCAAGACUUAAUCUUCUCUAAACUUGUCUCUGCUUUACAUAUGAAUGCAAGAUUCUCUCUCGAAGCCUUUCUCUGGUUGAUUUCUGCUUUAUCGAGGGAUCUCUUGGACGGCUUUCUUCCCUUCCUUCCACGGGUUGUUAACUCCAUAGUGACCCUCCUAAGAGAUGGUGGACAGAAAGAGCCAGAUAUUAUUGAGCAGGUAUUCUUAUCAUGGUCGUACAUGGUGAGGGAUCUGCAGAAGUAUCUCAUUUGCGACAUCGAAGGUAUACUCAGGGAUACAUUGGAGCUGAGGUACUACCCCCGCGAAUAUAUUAUCAAACUUAUGUCACCUUCGAUAGCAUUUUUGUUGAGGACCGCACGGGAUGAGCAACUCGAAAUAGGGAUCAAGAGGAUCCUCUCUGAACUUGCAGAUCCACUGAAAAAACUUGGAGGGGUUAGUCUUCUGUAUCAUGUUAUGAGGGGUACCUCUGUGCAUCUCCAUUCCAAAGCUGGGCAGGUUUUGAGGUUCUUGCUGAAAGAUUCAACAUUGUCCUUUUGUGAUCAUUUUCCUCAGGGUUCUGGUAGUAUAUUAGAAGCUUUGAGUUCAACUUUGCAAAGAAUAUGCGAGGAUUUUAAAGCAGAAGAAUUAUGUGUUAUUUGGAACUGCCUGUAUGAAGAAACAAAAGAAUCAAUCAAAAACAAAGAAACAACUCAUUUAAGCCGAAUCUUGACUCUGCUUACUUCCAUUGUUAGGGUUGAGGAAGGUCUCAAGGUUUAUGAUUACCCAUAUUUGGUUGGACUCGUGAGCCAGAUUGCUUCAACUUUUAUGGAUUCCUCUGCUGUUCUUGAUAAAGUUCUGAGACUUAUGUUAUGCACUAUCGACAGUCCCACUGCUGCCAAUGAAAUGGAAUCUAUUGCUUCGCAAUGGACCCCCAUUUUUUCAUUUAAGUGUUCGAGCUUGGUGAGUUUUUUGUGGGAUUUGCUAGCAAAGGAUAAAUUAAUUCUGAAAGCCUUUACAAGUAAUAUAUUAAGUUCGAUCAACAAUAUGAUUUUGGUGUCUCCUGAGGAGGUUAUUCCUCUGUUACUAUCACUGUGUGAGAGUGUGCAAACAAGUCAUGACACGGUGAACAUCAUAGAUGAAUCAUUCGAGAGAAUUCAUGAGUUCUUGGAAGAGAAGAUUAAGAAAAUCCAAAUGAAUAUAGAGAAUAUAGGAUUAGCUCAAAUUGAAGAGGCUGACUUAGCUUCUGCUUGGGGAGCUGUCACAUGUUUUCCCUAUUUUAAAGUGGAUUCAUCAUUGCUGGUUUGCUUUAAGAAUACUCUCGUACAGCAUUUGGCAGUAAACACUUAUAGUGCUCCAGAACUGAUGUGGCAGAGCUUACUUGGUGCUGCUUUGAGGUCAUGUCACAGAUUCUGUUCUAGUGGUAGAACUAACCAUUUGAGGCCAUGUAGUGAUCUAGAGGAAGCUUUGUAUCUUGCUAAAUCAUACAAGUCAUGUGUACAAGUGCUAUCUCCUGUGGCUGACUAUUUGGAUUUUGUGUAUAAGCCUCUAUUAGCUAAGAAUGACAUCGCUAAGGCAUGUCCAGAGCUCCAAGCAAAUAAUGUUGAAGAUGCAUUUGACAUAUUUUCUGAGAAUUUAUGUCACUCGAAAAAAGACGUCCGUCUUAUGUCUUUAAGGAUUUUGUGCCACUUUGAAACUUUGUAUCCCAACAACCCUUGUUUAGAAGAGCAUCCUCCAAUGAAGAAGCUGAAAACUGAAGUGAUUCAAAAGUCUUUACCUGAAAGAAAUGUUCUUAAGUUAUUGAAAGCAGUGGAGGAGUCUAAUCUCACAGUAUCGACUGCAAAAGAGUUUGUCAGGGGCAUUACUACUAUACAAACAAAUCUCUCUGCUGGCAGGAUCCAUGACGCAUAUGUGCCACUUGUAUUUAAGGGAAUGAUAGGGUUGUUUCAUAAUCGGUUUUUCGAAAUAUGGGAACCUGUAUCUGAGUGCCUUGCAGUUCUUAUGAAGAAGCACACAGGUGCGGUGUGGAAUAAUUUUGUUCAAUAUUUGGGCCAGUGCCAACUAAAACUUGAAGCACCUGACAAUCAUAGUGAGAAUGAAAACUACACCGUUUCACAGAAGCACACUGGUCUGAUAGAGCGGUUUAAUUUGUUUGUCCUUCCGCCAUCUGAUAGCACGUCUACUGGGAAAGUAGUAUCUCUGUUGCUCAAGACUUUACAAAAAGUUCCCACUGUUGCACAGUCUCGAGCCUCUGAUCUUCUCCCUUUGUUAUUGAAUUUUUUGGGAUACAACAGCGAAAAUACUUUGAGGGUCGGAUUCUAUAAUGGCGGAGCUUGUAAAGGAGAGGAGUGGAAAGGGUUGCUUAUACAAUGGUUGACUUUACUGAAGUUAAUGAAGAAUCCGAGGUCUUCUUGUUGUAGUCAGUUUGUAAACGAUGUUAUGCAGAACAGGUUCUUGGACCAUAAUGAUGCUGAAAUACAGAUGAGUGUCCUAGAGUGCCUUGUGUUGUGGGAUGACUAUUUACUCCCAUACCGCCAUCGCUUGGAGAAUUUGAUCAAACCAAAAGAACUGAGAGAAGAGCUAGCGACCUGGAACUUCUCCAAGGACAUUGAAGAAGCUCACAGAUGUCAUUUUGUUUCUCUUGUAAUUAGAAUCCUUAUGCCUAAAGUUAGGAAUUUGAAGAAUUCAGCGUCGCGUAAGCAUACAAGUAUUCGCCACCGGGAGGCGGUUCUUGGCGUUAUAUCUCAGCUAGAUGUUAAUGAACUUGCUCUGUUCUUUGCAUUGUUGAUGAAGCCUUUGAACAUUAUAUCUGAGGAAACAAUGGACUUGUUUAGCUCAGGCAAAAGCUCUCUGGAUUAUUUCCAAAAGACGAAUCUCCUCAAAUCUAUCAACGCCGAUACCAUUUCGACCUUAUCCUGGAAGAAGAAAUGUGGUUUUCUUCAUGUCAUACAACAUAUACUUGAAAUCUUUGAUGUAUUCCAUGUCCGACCAUUUCUAGACUUUCUUAUGGGUUGUGUUGUCCGGCUAUUGAUAACCUAUGAUCCAUAUAUCGAUGUUGAUAAAGAAAGUGUUGCAACAAAGCACGACCAGGUUGGCACUUGUUUGAAGCAGUUUAAAGAGUUGAGAUCCUUAUGUUUGAAGACUAUUUCUCGUGUUCUUGAAAAGUACGAGGAUUGUGAUCUUGGGUCUGAGUUCUGGGACCUGUUCUUUACAGCAGUGAAUCCGCUAAUCAAGAGUUUUAAGCAGGAAGGUUCUAGCAGUGAGAAACCAAGCUCAUUGUUCUCAUGCUUCUUGUCAAUGAGUAAAAGCCGCAGUCUCGUCGCCUUCUUAUGUCGGGAAGAGUCUCUUGUUCCAGACAUUUUUUCAAUUCUAACAGUGACAACAGCUUCAGAAGCUAUAAAGUCCUCUGCCUUGAGUUUCAUAGAGAAUCUUCUCAGUCUUGAGCGCGACCUGGAUGAUGAUGACGACCAUAUGAUGAAAGGAUUCUUAGAUCCAUAUAUAGAGCCACUGAUUAACAGCUUGCAUUCUCUUCUUCGUGGGGAUAUUUUGAAAAGGAAAUCAUUCAAGUAUCAUGGAGAAAGAGAGAUUAAGAUACUUAAACUAUUGUCGAAGCACAUCCGAGAUGAAUCUAAUGUUAUGGUGUAUUUGGAUAUGUUGCUGUCUUUCUUGGAUAAACGUGUGAAAGAUUCUGAUAUUCACCGUGAGGCAUUGCUAGCUAUACAGGACAUCACCUCGUUGCUUGGGAGUGAGAGUAGUAGCAAAAUUAUAGAUACAGUCUCUCCUCUGCUUGUUGAUGCUGAACGUGAUGUUAGAUUAUGCAUUUGUGAUCUUCUUGAAUCUCUUGCAAAAAUCGACUCUUCUCUUGAUCUAACGGUGAAAUGCUUCAGCGAGAUGAAUGCAACCUCACCCAUGGAAGUUGAUGACCUCGACUAUGAAACAAUAAUUAGAGCUUAUGCAAAGAUUGAUGCGGGUUUCUUUAACAAAUCCUCGGAGCAGCACAUGAUGAUCAUUCUCUCACAGAGUUCCAUACUUUGCCAAGAGGCUUCAGCUCACUCUGACAAUGGUCAAGAGGUUCUAAAAUCUGAUGCAAGCUGGACAGGAGAUCGUGUGUUGUGGAUUAUAAACAAGUUUAUUUUGAAACACAUUGGAGACGCGCUAAACAAAGGAAUUUCAACUGGAAAGGAGGAGAUUCUUUUGAUACGAAAAAUGGUGACGAAUCUUCCAUAUUCGGGGAAUCUUGCUGCAUUCAGACCUUUAUGUUCUGAAAAUGAUGAUGUUGAUUUCUUUAAAAACGUUUUUAGCAUUCAGAUACACCGAAGAACAAAGGCGAUUAACCGUUUCGCCAAGGAGAUCAAAGAUAGCAGUCUGCCUGAGGGUGUAGUGAGGAAACUUUUAGUCUCAGUGUUUUUCAACAUGUUGCUUGAUGGACAAGAUAAAAAAGGUCAAGAUGGAAAAGUUCAAAGUCUCCAUGACGCAUGCGGAGAAGCCCUUGCAUCAGUGUCUGCUCAUAUGAGUUGGUGUUCGUACUACGCUCUGUUGAAUCGGUGUUUCCGUGAGAUGAAGAAGCAUACAGAGAAGAGAAAGCGUUUGGUGAAUCUCGUCUGCUCGAUUUUGGACAAAUUUCAUUUUGCAAAAGAUGGUUACGAACAGGAGGUUAGGACAUGCCUCGAGAAAACCUUGUUCCCGAAGAUACAGAAGCUGAUGGAUUCUGAAUCUGAUAGUGUUACUCUGAGAAGCUAUUUAGCUGCGGUGAAGGUUCUAAAGCUGCUCCCCAAGGAGAUAAUGGAGUCAAAUCUUGAUUCUCUAGUUUAUAAACUUUCCAAAUUUUUGAAGAGCCGGGAGGACCGCGCACGUUGUGAAGCCAGAAAGGUUCUAGCUGAUUGUUUGAAGGAACUUGGGCUGGAAGCUUACUUAACACUUUUCCUUAAAAAACUACUUUCAUUAUUGAAAAAAGGAUCUGAGGUGCAUGUGCUCGGAUACACCGUUAAUUGCAUCUUAUCAGAGUGCCUGCCAAACCCUACGGGUUCGAUGUUGGAUCAUUGUUUAGAAAAUCUCCUUGAUGUUGUGGAAGCUGAUAUCCUCGGAGAUGUUGAUGAACAUAAAGAGGAUAAAGGACAUUCAUUGAAGACGAAGAAAGAAACGAAAACACGCAAGUCACUGGAUACUCUGAGAUUGAUUGCUGAAAAUGUAACGUUCAGAUGCCAUGCAUUGAAGCUCCUUUCUCUGGUAACUAGACAGCUGCAAAGGCCUAUGACGUCAAAUUUAAAAUCAAAACUUGGGGAUAUGUUAAAGCAUAUUGCGUUUGGUAUUGAAAGCAAUCCAUCUGUUGAUCAAGGAGAUCUUUUCUGUUUUAUAUACCACCGUGUUGAUGAUGGUAUUAACAACAAGAGUUGCCUUGGAGAUCAAGCGUCUUCUCUACCGUUCCAAAAGAAAACGAAAUCGAGACAUCUGCAAGAGACUUCUGAUGUUAAGUCAUGUCCACAUCUCAUUACCGUGUUUGCUCUGGACUUACUACACAACAGACUGAAGAAAAUCCAACCCAAAAAUACUAAUGAAGAGCUGGUGUCGAAGUUGGAUCCAUUUGUCAAACUACUUGUUGGGUGCUUGAUCUCUAAGUAUGAAGAUGUUGUAUCUUCAUCGGUUAGUUGUUUCACUGCAUUGAUAAGGUUACCUUUGCCCUCUCUCAAGUCUGAAGCAGGUAAAGUGAAAACCCAAAUCAUUGCUAAGUGUGCAGAGAUGUCCAGUAGUACUCUUGUGCAGUCAGGAAAAAAGCUUUUAAAAGCUCUUCUCAGCAAUGAAAAUUUCACUUUCUCAUCUGAGGAAUUGAAUAUGCUUAUUCAACUCCCUAUGUUUGUUGAUCUGGAAUCGGAUUCAGUUGUGGAUUCAUUGAAUGCUUCUCUUUCACUUCUCAAGGCCAUUGUGAAAAGGAAAGUUCCGAAGCUUUAUGAUGUUGCGGAACAGGUUUCAAAGUUGAUGAUCACCCGUGGGGAUAAUGAAUCAGUCUGCAAGAAGUGCAAAGAGUUACUGUUAGAUGUUUUGGUCAAUUAUACACUUUCUAAGAAAUGCUUAGAAGGACAUUUUAACUUUCUGCUGAAAAAUCUGAGCUAUGAACAUUCAACUGGAAGAAAAGUAGUUCUUGAGUUUCUUGAAGAUCUUAUCGAGAAAUUCUCGCAACCUAAACUCGGCAAGCAGUCAGUUCUUGACCAGCAGUCUCAAAUCUUGUUUGUUGAGCUUACUCGUCGCCUGGCAGCUGAUAAUGCUAAAGAAUCCUUGUCCAAGAUCUGUGAUUUGAUAAAACUUCUGAUAGGUCGCAUAAGUAAUUAUAGUUCCAGUCUUGAGCUCUGUUUGGCUUGGUACAAGCAGGAGAACACACAGGCUAAAGCUGCACAGGUACUGGGAUUUUUUAUUGAAGUCAGGAAGGUUGCGUUUCCGGAGCAUAUCCAACGUAUAUUGUUGCAGGAGGCUAAACCGAUUUUGGAGUCUGCUGCACAGCUGCAAAACACUGCGGAGGAAGGCAGCAUUCCUUUCUGGAAGGAAGCAUACUACUCUCUUGUUAUGAUAGAGAAGAUGCUCAAGCAGUUUCCUGAUUUAUGUUUUGAAAAACAUUUAGAGGAUGUAUGGAAUUGGGUGUUUAAGCUGUUGUUGCACCCACAUGAAUGGCUGGAAAACAUAACCUGCAGGCUACUGAAUUAUUAUUUCAAGAAAUUAGCCGAGUCUCCGAAAACAGUAGCUGAGUCUCUUCUUGGUAAGCCAAGUAGACUCUUCAUGGUAGCUGCUUCUCUUUGCUUCCAGUUAAAGGUGAAGAUGCACCGCAGCAGAGUCGACAAAAAAAAUGAUGCCAUUGCAGAAGAAGAAGAAGAAGGCAACCAAAACAAUGAAGAUAAUGUCACACAGAAUAUAGUUUUCGCGGUCUCUAGUCUUCAUUCAAUGAUUGGACAAUCAGAUGAUGAGUACUGGUCCAGUCUUGACAACAACGAGAAAGCUGAGUUCCUCGAAGCCUUUGUAGUAGUUGAUUCAGGGAAAGUAAGGUCUACUUUCUUGGCUCUUACUUCAGGCAGCAGCAAGAGAAGCCGAGAUGACUUGAGAAUUGUAUUGGUUGGGAGUUUGCUCAAAAGAAUGGGGAAGCUUGCUCUUGAUAUGGACUUGAUUCAUGCGAGAAUUGUGUUGAAUGUUUAUAAAGAAUUUGCCUCAAAGUUGAAUCAAGAAGAGUGUCUUCGCCUAUACGCCUUCAAGAUUCUGUUUCCGCUGUACAAAGUUUGCCAAGGGUUCACAGGGAAAGUCAUCUCAGCUGAGGUGAAACAGCUUGCGGAAGAGGUAAGAGACAGUAUAAGAGACGAGAGCUUAGGCAGCCAAAUGUUUGUGCAAGUCUACAACGAAGUAAAAAAGAGUUUGGAAGCUAAGAGGGAGAAGAGGAAGCGAGAGGAGAAGCUAAUGGCUGUGAUAAACCCUGAGAGAAACGCAAAGAGGAAACUCAAGUUAGCUUCAAAGAACAAGGCUAACAAGAAAAGAAGGAUUCUGAGUAGUAAAAUGCAAAGAUGGUCACGCUCUUGAGGAUCCCUUCUAAUCCCACAACCUCGUGAUCUACCAAUUACAAUGAUCUUUUAUAUUAACAUUUUUAAGUAUGUCAUAAUCUUUUUAUUAGUAAGAGUUACGUAAAAUGGCAAAUACAAUUAGUAAGAAGAUUUAUCUUA